AGGGCGGUGCGAGGGCUGCGGCGGCGGGGUGCUGGGGGGCCGCCGCCAUGAGCGGGGCAGGGCCCGCGUCCCCCGGCCGCAGCGCGGCCUCCCCCCUGCACGGCGAGAGGCGGCGGGAGGCGCUGGCGGCCGGGUCUCCCAUUCAGCCCAUAAUCAAAGACGUUGGGGAAAUCUAUUCAAGGCUGCUGGAUCACAGGCCCGUCAUUCAGGGAGAAAUACGUUACUUUGUUAAAGAAUUCGAAGAAAAACGUGGCCUCCGAGAACUAAGAGUACUUGAAAAUCUAAAGAACACAAUCUUUGAAACAAACGAACAUGUUCUUCCUAAGUGUGAGCAGGCAAUGCACAACAAUUUGAGUGAAACAAUCAAGAGAUUGCAAGCUGCCAACAACAUGAUCCAUAGACUCCAAGAGAGGGAGCAUGAACAGAGAAAGCUUCAGGCGGACAGGCUGAUGGCUCGUGAAGAGAAGCGCGUAGCCCACUGGGAGGAAUUGAUGAAAGAACAACAAAACAAACAGGCAGAGGUGGAUGAAGAGCACAGAAAAGCUGUGGAGCGCCUCAAAGAGCAGUAUUCUGAAAUGGAGAAGGAACUGGCCAAAUACGUUUCUUUUUAAGGCCUUUCUUUUUUAAUAAUGUUGGGUUUGUGCCAACACUCUGUUGCUUCUGACUUAAAUAGAGGUUCUUUUGGAAAGCUGAAAUGAAAAAGAAGAAAGGGGAAUUUCCCCUACAGGUUUAGUAUGGGAAGAAAAGGUUUGCAUACUUUCAACUUAAGUGCCUAUCUAUGCUUGUUUUGUUCAGGGCGAGUGGAAUGCCAGUAUUUCUUCCUUUGUUGGAAGGUGGAACUGGAAAUUACGUUGUGUGACUACAUCAGCUCAGGGAAUUGCAAACUGGAAUUCUCUCCCAUCUGCAGAGAGUAUCGUAUCAUUUGGGAAAACAGACUGAUGUAACAUGAACUGUCCCAGUGUGCAGCCACAGCCCUUUCCCAAAAAGUAGAUGUAAUCGGUUCCAGCCAUAGUUAGCUGAGAAUUCACUGGGAAAACCAUAACUCCCAUUCAUAGAUUUCAGGAAAACCAACUUGUUUUAUAGAAUACUUUGAAGCUUCAGCAAUGAAAGAUCUCAGCAGAGUUUCAAAUCCAGUUGUAAUUCCAACUUUGGGGUUCUAUGUUCAGUAUUAUGAAGUAGGGUUGAGAUUCAAAUGGGUUUUGCUAACGGAAAAAAGGCGAAGUGGGCUUAGACAAUUUCUUUUCUCUCCCUGUAAAUGCCUCAGACCUCUCUUUUUAAGCUAUGGUCUUCAAAGCAGAGCCAAAACAAGCUCAAAAGUGAUCAUGAGAAGCAUAUAUCAGUCUUUGUAUUAGCUUUAUAGCUAGUACAGUAUUUACCUUAAAUAUUUAACAUGCUUUGGUUUACUUAGGAUAAGCUUGUCGGGACAUUAUAGAGCAAAUGAGGAAAGAUUUUUUGUUUCUUUAUCAGCUAAACAAAUGAGCAGAUUAGUGGUAACAGGCCUGUAGUUCUGAUCUGCUUUUUUACUGUUACUCUUACAGGGUAUGCGAAGCUUUCUUUUAUAUAAAACUUGCAGUUAACAGCAGUAUAACUGAAGAAGUUAACUUAAUCAGUUCAUUAACCAAGCAAAAUGAGACAUAGUACCUUAAUGAAAUUUGCUGCAAGCUAACCGUUAGUACAGGAAAUAUCUUUCCAUAAUUCAGCUGGUGUCCAAUAUAGAAUGGAAACAGGUAAAAAUAAACAGAAUUUACCCUUUACCUGUAUUGCAGCAGCAAUAUGCCAACAAUGGUUGCUUGUGUAAGUCUAUGGCUUGGUGUCAAGGCUCCGUUCCUGGCAGCAUGUUGAUAGUGUGAUUAAAGUUAGUAGAGGAGAUGGAAUAAGUAUUUGAGAUUUCUUUCAAUAACACUGAAUUCCUGCCAAGCUGCUCUGCCCGCUACUGUAGGCCCAGCAGCUUCAUCAAUCAUCAUCCUGUAUCUGGACUGAAAAGAGGACUUGCCGACACUGGGGCACACUGGAAUGUUGUUCAUUCUCUGUUGUGGAUGGAAAAAACGUAGAUGUCUCAAAAGUAUCCCACACAUGAAAAAUAGGAAAGCCUCUUUUAGAACAACCCCUGUUUGAAUAGAAGGUGACCUCUGUAAUAUUUUUCAGCCUCUGUACCCGUGAUGAAUGUUGUAACUGAGCUCAGACUUCCAUUUUAAAAAGAAAAAGUUAGUUCUUGCCUGUCUUUAGAAUUGGGUGUGGAAUAGUUUGGAUUGUUUUGAGCACAGACUGAAAAUGGCUUCUCUCUUACCAGAUUAUUUGAUGUAUAUGUGCUCAAAGCCCAAAUAUCUUUAUAGCAAAAUGCAUUUAACUGCAUACUGAAUUCAUUUUUAUUUUUGCACUGAUAAUUUUUAUUAAGAUUUAGAUACCUAAUUAACUGUGCACUGGAGCUGUAGAUUUUAGUAUUUCAUCAAUUUGAGGGCUCUUCAGCAAUGAUACAAGUGUUGCAAGUUGGAUAUUCACUGGAAAAUAAAGUAGUAUUUCUAAAAUCUUCUGGGAUGUGUGUUUCUGAGUCUUUGAAAAGCUUCUAAAUACUAACACCGUAAACAUGUUUCUCUUUUAGGAUGGAAUUUUUAUGCUGAAGAUCAUUUGAAAACACUUUUCUUCAUAGUCUACAUCUGUCUGCUGACCCACUCUUACUCAUUGUGGGGACUACCUGAAAACUAUCCGUUGAUGAAUUAUUUUAUUUGGAACGCAAGUCCUAGAGAAGUGUGUUGUGGUCAAACUGGAGCAUGGAAAGCAAUAGCAGAAUUUCUGAUGCUGCUCUUCUGUCUUCUGCAGCCUCUUCUGAAGAAGAAACAGGAGUUCCCUCUUUACACCUUUUUCAGGCACAAUUUCACUUUUAUUAUAAAUUAAAUUGGAAUUAAAAAACUGAGUUGAAUUUUUGCCAUUAUCUUUAGCCAAAAUAGAGCACAAGACUCAGUCUGAGCCUCUCUUGUUAUGAAUUUCAGUGCUGAUUAUAUUUUGCCUGUCGACACGGGACUGGACUAAGAGCACAUACCUCUGCAAGGAGGUUAUCCAGCAGCUCUUGCAUUAGUGCUACUGUAGGUCAUUGCCUCAGUAUGCUCCCUUUGGAACAGCUGCCAUAAAGAGAAACUUUAGCUGAAAACUAUUUCCAAAUAAUUUUCACACGGAACAAUGCAACACUCACAUCAUUUCCUGAAAGAAUAGAGUUGGAAGGCAAUUAUCUACUCACCAAACAGGCUAAAACAACAGUUCCUGAUAUUCUUCUCAAAUAUUUCAACUUCCCAGGAAUCCGGAAAAAAUAAUUCCAUGAGACGGUGUUAUGAAUGAAGGAACACAUUGCAAACCCCACCAACCCCCCAACCAAAAAGCUGCAAACCACCCUCCUCCAAGUCUCAAGCCCAGCAUUCCUGAAGCUGAUCACAUACUUCUGCUUCAACAAUGAAUAAAAUUUCAUGAGAAUUUAAUACUUUGGUCUUGACCUUCCUGCAGAGCAGCUGGCUUGGGCUCCUUCACAGAGACAUGGUAAGCAGUAGGUGAUGGAAGGUUUUCCAGUUAACAUUGGCACAUUCCACAAAGCAAAGAAGGUAUAGAAACAGAGAAACAGAUAUAAAUUAAUAAUUAAAAAUAACCCACCUUCACCAGUAACAACAGAGAAAAUACUUUCCAUGCUAUGUAAGUAAUAUAUCAACAUUUAAGCUGAUUAAAAUUUGAUAAACUACUAACUUCCCUGUUUUCUGAUAGGAAGGCUGGGGCCCGAGAUAAAGCAGUGUCAUGCUGAGGAGGACAAACACCCUAGCAUCCAAUAAACUUUUUAUGCACUUA